AUGUUUGUUUACAAGCAUACACGAGUGUUGCUUUCUGUCUUGUUCUUGGUCCUCCAUCCUGGGGAUAAGAGGAAACGUGAUGAAGUGAGUGAUGAUGAGGGCGACAACGCUUCUGAGAGUGAGAGUGAGGGAGGCAACGCUUCUGAGGGUGAGAGUGAGGGUGGCAGCUCUUCUGAGGGUCAGAGCGAGGGAGGCAACUCUUCCGAUGACUUUGAUGAUGUCGAUGACGUGUUUGCGGACGAGAAGUGGUUCACUGGAGUCAGGGAGAAAGUGGAUAGCCUUGAGUUUCCUGAUAUCCAAGAGGAGUCUGACUGGAAAGCCAAAGAUGAGGCUGCGAAGAUAGCUGAGGAGUGGGCGGUCCGUGAAAUGGAUGAUGAGCGCAUUCGAAAGCGGGUGACUAAGGAAUACCAGAAGAAGUUCGAUGAGCAUAGCUCCUGCUUUUCAGUUCUCAGCUCGAAACUGUCUUCUUUUGUUGCUGGACUUCCAAAGGAGUUGAAAGAGAGUCUUGAGGCUUUGAUGACACCCAGAGUGAAGGAUACUUGGAGUUUUCUCCCUCUUGUCUUGUUCAACCAUUUUUGGGAAUGGCAGAAGAGCUCUAUUGUGGUCCAUGUUCCCUCAGACAAAAUCUCUCCCAAGACUUUGUUCCGUGCUGUUUUCUUCAAUGCUGACUGUGGAUUCGGGAGAUUCCUCGUUCAUUUCAAUUACCUCCCGUAUCUCUUGAGUUUCCACCAUCGAUGCAUGGCUGCUUCCCACUCCCAAACCUCCAAUAGUCUCCUUUUCGAUGACAUGGCUCGUUUUUCAUACCGUCUGGCUGACGGGGCGUGUUACUUCUUGCAAGGGAAACGGGUCUUUUGCUCUUUGAUGUAUGUUGAGCGUUGCUUCCAUUAUAUCUUUGUCUACAAAAAGACGUUUGGUGAUGAGUCUGAUUUGAUCACCGAGUCCUCCGAAGCUGACCAGGAAGUCUCAAAGACAUUGUUGCUCCCGACUGCAAAGGAUCUCUUCAAUCGUGUUCGCAAGUCUAUCCCUGCUGUCAACUUUGAUCACUACUGUGGCUUGAUCCUUCUUUUUCUUUCCAUGCCUGGAAUGUUUCAAGUCUUGCGCGAGGAUUCCGAUCAGUUGAAUGCGUUCAAGGUCUCUUUGAGGACUUUUCUCACCAAAACACAGGCACUCGCUGACGGAGAAGCGGAGAAGACAGCUGAUGAGAUCAUUGGUGACAUCAUUGACAGGCGCUAUUCGGACGAUGAAUUCAUUCAAGUCGCUCAGGGCCUUGUGGAGCACUUGUUCAUCAGGCCCUUCACUCGCGGGGUGCUCUUCAAGCUGCCCACCCCUCUUCGCCAAUCCCGUCUGGAGACUUUCCUCUCGCGCGUUUGA